AUGAAUUAAAAAAAUUAAUUUUUUAUUGAUUUGUAAAACAAUAAAUAUGUAAAAAUAAAAACACUUUCGAAAAAUUCUUAAUCAAAAGUUUAUUUAUGUCAUAUUAUAGAAAAACCAAAAUAAAUGUAUGUUUUAAAAAAAAUACUAUUAAAAUAUUUAGAUUUAAAAUCUUAAGAAAAGACCUUAGAAGAAUAUUAAAUAAUGAAAAAAUUAAAUCAUCCAAAUAUUAUAAAGUGUGAAUCUGCUUUUAUAUAAAAAAGAAAAUAUCUUUGCAUAAUAAUUUAAUAUGCUGAAGGGGGUGAUAUGUAAUAAAAAAUAAACUAAAUGAUAAAAAAUAAUCAAAAAUUUGACCAAAAUUAAAUCAAAAUAUGGAUUAUAUAAAUAAUAGAUGCAUUAAAAUAUAUACACGAUAAUAAAAUAAUACAUCGAGAUAUAAAAGCUUAAAACAUAUUUUUAAACUCAGAAAAUAAUAUCCUUCUAGGAGAUUUCGGAGUAUCUAAAUCUCUUGAAUCUACUAAAGAUUUAUGCAAUACUUAUGUAGGAACCCCUUAUUAUAUUGCACCAGAAAUUAUAGAUGGAGACCACUAUAGCUUUAAAGUUGAUAUUUGGAGCUUUGGAAUAUUUUUCUAUUAAUUAAAUUAUUUAAAAUAUCCUUUUGUAGGGAAUAAUAUAUUAGCUGUAUAUAAUAAUAUAAAAAAUUCAUAAGUUUAACUGAAUCAAACUGUUUCAGCUGAUUUUAAUAAUUUAAUAUAAUUACUUUUGUAAAAAUUACCAAAAAAUAGGCCUGAUAUAUAUUAAUUUUAAGGUAAAUUGUAUUUUUUAUUUAUAUAUUUUUUUUAAAAAAAAUAUAUAUAUACAAUAUUUUAAUAUAUAAUUAUAUUUUAGAGAAUGAAAUAAUAAAAAAAAUACAAGAAAAAUUUAAAAAAAAUAAUAAUUUAUAAUUCAAAAAUAAAAUUCUGA